ACGACCAGUAAUAAGAAAAAGCAGACUUGUUAGAGCAGCAGAGAGAAAGAAGUCGGAGAGCGAGAAAUGGCGACGGCGGGGAAAGGAGGAAAGACGAUGAUGACGACAGCAACGGCGGAGAUGGAGAGAAUGAGCGUGGAGCAGCUGAAAGCAGUUAAAGAACAAACAGAUCUCGAAGUCAAUCUCUUGCAAGACAGUCUCACGAAUAUUCGCACCGCCACUUCUCGUCUCGAUCUCGCUUCCACCGCUCUUCAUGAUCUCUCCCUCCGUCCCCAAGGAAAGAAAAUGCUGGUCCCUUUAACGGCGUCGCUUUAUGUACCUGGAACGCUUGAUGAUUCUGAUAAAGUUCUGGUUGAUGUUGGUACUGGCUACUUCAUUGAGAAAACAAUGCUUGAGGGGAAGGAUUACUGUGAGCGGAAGAUUAACUUGCUGAAAUCAAAUUAUGACCAGCUUUUUGAGGUGGCAGCUAAGAAGAAAAGUAUAGCGGAUGAGGCGGGAGUAAUUUUACAAGCUAAACUGAAGCAAUUGACUCCUGCAACAUAAACUGUAGUGGAUUAUGAAUAGAUAUAUUUUGUGCAAGGUUAAUCAAACUUUGUAUUAAAAGACCAAACACCGUAAUCUAGAUCUUUCCUUGAUUUUAAGAUGUUAAAAUUUUGAAGCCCGUCAAUCUCAGCAGUUCUUUUGGAAACAAUUGUAACUUGGGGCACCGUUUUUCUUGUUUUUUUGCUGUCAUCUAAUUAUAUUAUCUUCCUGAAAUA